UGAAACAGAAAUAUAUUUUCCCAAGUUUACUAAAAUCUACAUUUGAAAUUUGAAAUUGCUUUCCCGUUGCAGCGCUCCGCUCACUUACUUACGCUCCCAUAUAAAUCCAUUCGUCUGCUCUUUCAAUCACACAAUUCCGAGUUCACUCUCCCCCUCUAUCUAAGCAGAAUUUUGCAACAGGCUCCUACCACAACAAUGGCGGACGUCGCACUUCCCACCUCCCCUAUCCCAGCGAAGAAGAAGAACAGCAGGAAAGUCUUGAAGCAGAAGAAGGCUUCGACGAGCGAGGCGAACGUCCUGGCACAGGCGCUCACCGAGUCCUCUCCUGCUGAGAUCCUGCCUCCGCCUUCCGAGACCGAUCCGAUGAAGGAGAACAGCGAGAUCCUCUCCUCGGCCAAGAAGGUAAAGGGAAAGGCGGCCAGAGGCGGGAAGCAGCAAGCCGCGGCCAAGCAGCAGGAGUCCUUCGACAAGGAGCUGGAGCAGAUGCAGGAAAUGCUUCAGCAACUGAAGCUUGAGAAGGAGAAGACGGAGGAGAUGUUGAAGGAGAAAGAUGAUAUGCUGAAGGCCAGAGAAGAAGAGCUCGAGAACAAGGGGAAAGAGCAGGAGAAGUUGCAUGCGGAGCUCAAGAAAUUGCAGAAGCUGAAGGAGUUCAAGCCCAAUCUCAACUUCCAGAUCUUGAAAGACAAUGAGCAAGACGACAAGGACAAGAAGAAGAAAAAGAAGGGCGGAGCUGAAAAGAAAAGGCCGUCUCAACCUUACAUCCUCUGGUACAAAGAUCAAUGGGCUGAGAUGAAGAAGGAGAAUCCAAAUGCUGAUUUUAAAGAAGUCUCUGUCAUUCUGGGAGCUAAGUGGAAGACCGUGAGUGCAGAAGAGAAGAAGCCGUACGAGGAGAAGUAUCAGGCUGAGAAGGAAGCCUAUCUGCAGGUGAUGGCAAAGGAGAAGCGUGAGACUGAAGCCAUGAAGCUCCUGGAAGAGGAUCAGAAGCAGAAGACAGCCAUGGAAUUGCUUGAACAGUACCUUCAGUUCAAGCAUGAAGUUGAGGAUCAAGGGAACAAGAAAACCAAGAAAGAGAAAGACCCAUUGAAGCCAAAGCAACCAAUGUCAGCUUUCUUCAUCUACAGUAACGAGAGAAGGGCUGCACUUGUUGCCGAGAACAAGAAUGUUCUUGAGGUUGCAAAGAUUACUGGCGAAGAAUGGAAAAACAUGACCGAGAAGAAGAAAGCUCCUUAUGAAAAGAUGGCAAAGAAGAACAAGGAGCAUUACUUGAUUGAGAUGGAAGCUUACAAGCUGAAAAAGGAGGAGGAAGCCUCACAUGUCAAGAAGGAAGAGGAAGAACUGUUGAAACUUCACAAGCAGGAAGCCAUGCAACUGCUGAAGAAGAAGGAGAAGACAGAGAACAUAAUCAAGAAAACCAAAGAGAUAAAACAGCAGAAGAAGAAGGACCAGACUGUAGACCCUAACAAGCCAAAGAAGCCUGCAUCCUCUUUCUUAUUGUUCAGCAAGGAAACAAGGAAAAGCUUGAUGCAGGAGCGCCCUGGAACCAACAACUCCACCAUCACUGCACUUAUCUCUGUCAAAUGGAAGGAACUGAGCGAGGAGGAGAGGCAAGUCUGGAAUGCGAAAGCCGCAGAAGCCAUGGAUGCUUACAAGAAGGAAAUGGAAGAGUACAACAAGUCCUGUGCUGCUGCCGUCGGGACCUCAGCCUAGAAUCACUCAGCAGAAGUGGUAAUAGUGGUAGUUGACCAUAACAAGACAAUGAUGUUCAAAGUGUCGGGUUGAACAUCUAUCAAUUGGGGUAGUGGGAUUUUAGGACUCCUAACGCUGUAACUGGGAGGAUUUUAAUUCUAGGGAUCUGACCUUAUGAUUCUGCUAUCGUGUGAUGGUGAUUGUUUGAUGAUGCAAAUUAGAGAACCAAAUGACCUAGUAUUCAAUUCAAGACUUGGACUACAAUUAUUUCUUGUUCAUUCUUCCCUAAAACUUCAGUAUUUCUUGUUCACAAUCCCAAAUAAUGUACUAUACUUUAAAGAAGGCUAAAUUACACGUUUGGUCACUCAAAUUACAUAAAUAUUUCACGUUUGCCACUCAAAUUACUUUUCUUUUUUAUUGGCCACUAACUUUACAAAUUGUUUCACCGUUAGUCACUAGCCGUCCAUCGCCGUUAUACUCCGUUAACGCCGUUAAAUUUUUGAUGACGUGGCAAACGGAACUGCUGACUGAGCUGACAGAAGGUUGAGAUGGAAUUUAUUAUUAUUAUUAUUAUUAUUAUUAUUAUUAUAUUUUUUUCAAAAAUAAAACCCAAUACAUUCCUUCAACUGACCAAUGUCGGCCCUCCUUCCCCUCUCUGCUUCUCAUCUGCAUCUCAUCCUCCUUUCCCCUCUUUUGCUUCUUCUCGGCCUUCUCUAUAUCUCCCUCUUCUAUCAAACCCAGACAAAUUAGAACCCCAAAUCAUACUCUCCUCCUCCCUGGAUCUCAAUCUGCCGCUGCUUUGCUCUCGUCGCCGGCAGGAGAACGAAGGUGGUAAGUGGUUUAUUCCUUCUCAAUGCUUGUUGAUUUUUACUGUUUUUGUUUGAUUCCGAGUUUAAGGAGUUUCGAUUUUGAUAUGUAGGGGUGGUUAUGUUUUGGAGGGUUUCCCUAGAUCUGGAAGAAGAAACGGGGACAACGACAACGGCGGAUCGAUGACGAUGGUGUGGAUUCCCGGCGGAGGCUGUAGCGGCGCCUUUGAGAGGAGGCUGUAGCAACUGGUCUUGGCGAGCAGUGGCGACUCCGACUCUGACAGGAAAACUUGGUGGUGCGGCGGAUUAGGAUGCUGAAGGCGAUGGAGUUUACGGCAACAUGGGCCACCGGGAUGAGGAACGAGCAACGAGCAGCGACAGGAGAAGACGACGGUGGCGCCGCAAAAACUUGAAUCAACGAUUGUGGUAACAGUGACCUCGCCGACGGGACAGGGAGACCGAUGGCGCCGAUGGCGGAAACGACCUCGGAGGCUGAUUGAUGACAAAGACGGUGGAAAGAAGACAGGGACGUCGACGAUGUCGUGGUCUCUGAUUGUGAGGUAUCGAUUGCCCUGUUUGCCAAAACCAGGGGUAUCGCAGCGGUCACCCUUCACGUUGGACUUUUGGUCUUGCGAAGAGGAAGGAGAAAAGAAAGGAUACAGUGAAAAGAGAAUGAGGUAUAAUAUUUUUUUUUAAAUUGACCCGUCAUUAAAUAAUGUCCAGCUAAUAGUUCUGUUUGCCACGUCAUAAAAAAUCUGACGGUGUUAACGGAGUUUGAUGGAGACUGACGGCCGGUGACUAACGGUGAAACGAUUUGUAAAGUUAGUGGUCAAUAAGAAAGAAAAGUAAUUCGG